AUGGGGAAGGUCUUGAGAAUUCCUUCAAAGAAGCAUGCCCAUGAUGCUCGCCCAUUGGAGCUCGCCCAUGAUGCUCGCCCAUUGGAGCUCUCCCAUGCUCACCCAUGGGAGCUUGCUGAUCAAGCUCGCCUAUGCUCGCCCAUAGGAGCUCACCCAACGGCAAGGACCUCAGCCCCUUGGAGUAAUGCCUCCCCCAUAACUGUAACUUUUGAUUCGUUUCUCCAAACAGGGCCUAUAAUAUAUCAAAUCAAAGCUCUCGAUGAGCCUUACAAGACUCACCAUCUUUGGUUGUGA